AUGGCGGCUAACAACCGCGACACAGCACAGGUAACGAGAAGCUAUGAGCAGGCGGCGCCUGCCCCUGAGGCGGCGUGGGCUUUAAAGGGGCGCAGGGCUUGGCAGCGGGGCGGGCGCGCACGCCCCGUCCCGACCGUGUCCCAUUUAAGCAGCCGCGCGGCCCACGGUAGGGGUUCGCCAUCUCCUGCAGGCGGGGCCGAGUACCCCAGGGUCCUCUCUCCGGCUGGGAGGGACUUCGGGAGGCCUGAGGCUGGACAGCGAACCGGCAGCGGCCUUGCCGUUUGGGAAUUGUUCAUGACUCUAAGUCGUCACAACUUGAACAUCAGUCAGCAGUGCUGUGCUUUAUCAAACAUGCUAGAGCGUAUGGGAGCAUCACCUGGACAAGGCUUGAAAUACCUGUCCUGUUUUUUUGUGAUGCUUCUGAUGGUUUUUAAUUUAUUUUUAAUUUAUUUUUAGGAGAAGUUACAUCCAAGAAAUCUUAUCCCAGAGCUUUGUAGACUGUUUUAUGGUUUAGGCUGGGUAACAGGAACUGGUGGAGGAAUCAGCUUGAAACAUGGGAAUGAAAUCUACAUCGCUCCUUCAGGAGUCCAAAAGGAAAGAAUACAGCCAGAAGAUAUGUUUGUUUGUGACAUGAACGAACAGGACAUCAGUGGUCCUCCACCACACAAGAAACUAAAGAAAAGCCAGUGCACACCUCUUUUUAUGAAUGCCUACACCAUGAGAGGGGCAGGUGCAGUGAUCCAUACUCAUUCCAAGGCUGCUGUUAUGGCUACCCUUCUUUACCCAGGGAGUGAGUUCAGUAUUACUCAUCAGGAGAUGAUAAAAGGAAUCCAGAAGUGUACUUCAGGAGGCUAUUACCGAUAUGAUGAUAUGCUAGUGGUUCCCAUUAUUGAGAAUACACCAGAAGAGAAGGAUCUCAAAGAAAGAAUGGCACGUGCAGUGGAAAAAUACCCAGACUCUUGUGCUGUAUUGGUCAGACGUCACGGAGUUUACGUAUGGGGAGAAACUUGGGAAAAAGCCAAAACGAUGUGUGAGUGUUACGAUUACUUGUUUGAUAUCGCAGUGCAGAUGAAGCACCAUGGGCUAGAUCCUUCAAAACAUCCAGCAGGAGAAAACGGGAUCUUGUAAAUGACAACAACAUUUAUAUUCAGGUUUCUUACAUGGUGAUGGGAGUUCCAGAUUCCACCUCAGGCUAUUAAAACCAGAAGGGGGUGCUG